UUUCCGGUGGGCCGCGGCCGGCGAAGGGAGGGGGGCCGGGGAGGAGGAGGGGGCGCGCGGCGCAUGCGCGCUGAAGCCCCUGGCCUGCUGGCCCUGAAUUCGCGAGACCGAAACGGAACAGAAAUGGACAGUGAGGUACAGAGAGAUGGAAGAAUACUGGAUUUGAUUGAUGAUGCGUGGAGGGAAGAUAAGUUACCCUAUGAGGAUGUGGCAAUACCGUUGAAUGAGCUUCCCGAGCCGGAACAAGACAACGGCGGCACGACGGAGUCGGUGAAAGAACAAGAAAUGAAGUGGACCGACUUAGCCUUACAGUACCUCCAUGAGAAUGUGCCCACAAUCGGAAACUAAGGGGCUGCUGAUCUCCGAGGAGCCUGAUUUUUGUGGAAAAUCUUUCUUAUAAAAUCUGGUCUUUAAGCCGUUAUCAUUUCAGACCUUCUCAUCCCUUAACAGCUGUAUUUCCAUGGCAGGACAGUGUUUAUUAUAAGGAGAUAAUGCCAUUUUCUUCACAUUUUUACUUCCCAUGUAUUCGGUUUCUUAUACCUGAAACUCCAUUCUCGUGACGUGGCUUGUGCACAUUUUCUAGUUUAUCGUACUGUUACGUUGUACACUUUCUAAUCGCCUACUACAGUGCUCUGCAUACAGAACGUGCUCAAUAAAGACAAUUUUUUUUUUAGGUGAUUUGCUUGAUAAAAAAGUCCUUCAUAUCUGGAUGCUGGACGUGAUUUGCUAAACACUGUGUAUAACUUUGUCACUGAUCCUGCUGACAGAUGUCAAACAAUGGUAUUUGAGCACUUACUGCGUGCAGAGCAUUGUGCUAAACUCUUGGGAGAGUACAGUGCAACUAAAUUAGCAGACACGUUCCCUGCCCGUAAUACAGUCUAGAGGGAAGAAUACAAGAGACAACACCUUGACAUUUUUCUGGAAUGCUUAAUGUUUUGGUCAAUUUGUAUUUUUCAAAAUUUUUCUUAUUUGUUUUUCUUUUCGAUGCAUGGAACCUUUAAUCUGUAUACUAUUUCACUGCUGUCCUUUUGGGACUCUAGUCCCCAAACUGGGACUCAUUCUAAGCUGUUAUACAAGACUAGUUUAUUCAUUUGCAGGCAUGUCUUAACCGUGAUAUCUAUCAACGAUACGUGAAUGUCACAGUAUUCUUUUUGUGGAGUUUCGGCAGCCCAGCGUUCAGGUAGAUUACCAUAUAAGGUAGGCAUCCCUUACAGAAAAGUGUGAAGUGAAUAAAACAGCUUACAUUCUCGUUUCCCGUACAGUCGUGUAAGUGUGGGGUCCAUGCCUGGGUAACAAUUCUCAUUGUUAAAAAAUGAAUAGCUGUAAAUCAGUGACCGAAAAACUUA